UCUCCGAAUUACAAGUACAGGAGCAUCAGGAGGUACAGGUACCAGAGCAACAGCAAGAACAGCAGGAACAGGAGAAACCUCAAGUUCGGAUGCGCAAUCGAAAUCUGAUGAGGCAGCAACAUAAUCAACGUGCAGCGUCGCUCAGUUUGGAACCAGGAGCCGGCAGUACAGAAGCGGGUACUGCCGAAACGUAUCCGUUUCAGUCAGAAGAACCACUUCCUGACUUUAAGCCUACGCGAACAAUGCAAAAAACAAUCUCGAACAAGAUGGCCAUUCCUGCUUUCUUUGUCAUUAAAUCACAAUGUUCGUGUGAAAAAUACGUCCUACAAUAUGAUUUUACGUGUCCAACAUCGUAUGACUCCUUCGACAAGACGUCAAAAUUUAUACCUCCCGCUAACCAUUUAUGCGAAACGGGGACGCCGAUUUUAAAAGCGAAGUGCUUGUUUCCUGGAUGUGAAUUUAAUAUUCCAGUGACUCGAGCGGCUUUCGGAAAGAUUGAGAAACAUAUGGAAGUGCAUCCAGAAACGUAUCCACCAGAGAAUGCCACCUCUACUAAGGAUACAAUUUCGCUGACGCCAAACAGCCGAUCGACAGAUUCCAAAUGUCUUGUCGGGAAUUGUGGACAAGUUAUCAAAACGGGGUACAAGAUUAGCAACCUGGAGUCUCAUCUUAGAGCCCAUCACAAGGAUGUAUAUGAUCAGUUUAUUGCGGCCAAGGAAGAACAGAAACAGCAGAACAUAAAGAGUUCGGAGAAAAAGGUGUCAGAUGAACAACCUCCACCGGGUGGAUACUUGCAGUACGACAGUGAUGAAUACUAG